AUGUGGGGCGGGCUGCACCCCCAGCUCGGCUUGCGCGGCUACAAGGCGGGCUCAGAUUAUUCCUCAGUGGGAUGGUUACCUGGUACUGAAUCCCUGUGGCAGUCCACAACCAUUUCAUCAAGCAGUCAAAGCAAUCCUGUCAGAAGACACAGUAUAGCUUCCGACAGCGGGGACACUGGGAUUGGUACCUCCUGUUCUGAUAGUGUGGAAGAUCAUUCAACUUCAAGUGGUACAUCCUCGUUUAAGCCCAGCCGAUCACUGGUUUCUAUUCCCACUGCCCAUGUGAUGCCGUCUAAUGCCAGCUCUUCACUUUCCAAACACAGGGAAGCUUCCAAGUCUGAUGGCUCAAAAUGGAGUACAAGCUUUGUACGGUCAGGAGGAGGCAGAAAUCAGGGUGCCCUGGACAAUUCUCUUGACAUGAAAGAUGCAAGACCUGUAAGAAAAUGGUCCUCCUUGUCUAAACUCAGCUCACCAAAUACCUUCAGCCAAGAUGGCAGUAGUCAUUCAGUGGAGUCCAGGGCUAGUACAGAUAAAGCUGCAUCACCACAAUUAAGGACAAAUGGGCCAAGUUGUUUGCAUGAUAGCAUGGAGUUGCUAAAAAUUGAUGACAAAGAAAUGGGGAAAAAACGAUGUUCUCUACUGGACUGCAAAUACAAAUUUGAAACGUGCAGCAAAGAUGAUUUUGUUUCAGAUUCCUCAAGUAGGAGACAUGCCUUAGACUUGACCUACAGUGCCUUACCUGAAAGCAAACCUACGGCAGCCAGUUGUGAAGCUUUCGGACAGAGAUACGCAACUCUAGGACAACAGGCUGUGAGUGGAGCUCCCAUACAGCCAGCAGUGAGGACUCAAAUGUGGCUUAAAGAACAGUUACGUGCAAAUCCCCUGGACUGCAGGACUGCUGAGGAGCCCUACUGCGUAGCUGCAUGGCACGUGCAGCAGCUUGAAGAUUUUAGAACAGGAGGUGAACAGCCUGUGCAGGUUCCGACUGGAACAUCUCGUCAAAGUUACCCAGCUACCAGCUAUCAGGACUUCAGCAACUGGGAAUCUCUAAUGAAAAUUAAAGAGGGGCUGCUAAGACAGAAAGAGAUUGUGAUCGAUCGGCAAAAGCAGCAAAUUAACAAUUUACAUCAGAAGAUAAGGGAGAAUGAAUUACGAGCUCAACAUGCAAGACUGAGCCAUCUUGUGAACUGUGAAGAACCUUACCUGACUAAUUUGCAGCAACCACAGUAUGAGAGCACGCCACUGCAACCUCACGUUUCAGAAAGAUCAACAUCCCACCUUGAGGAGCUUGAGCGAAAGAUUGCAGCAGCUGAGAAUAAGGAAUUACAACUCAGUGAAUUUGUAAAACAAAUUUCAAACAAAUCUAGUGAGGAGAAAAAGAAGAUGGAGGAGAAACUUAAAACUAGAGACAGAUAUAUUAAUAGCCUGAAAAAGAAAUGCCAGAAAGAGUCUGAGCAAAACAAAGAAAAACAAAGACGAAUUGAAACCUUAGAAAAAUAUCUGGCUGACCUACCAACGCUGGAUGAUAUAGAAGGGCAGACUAAACAGCUGCAAAUUCUAGAAGAGAAGAACAAGCAACUUCAAGAAACUAUGGCUGAGUUAGAAAAGAAGCUUGGAGAGGCACGAUCGCAGUGCAGAGAGAGAGAACUGCAACUGGUGUGUCAGAAGAAAAAAGAAAAAGAGCUGGUCACAACAGUACAGAGUUUACAACAGAAAGUAGAAAAAUGCCUGGAAGAUGGUAUUCGCCUUCCCAUGUUGGACACAAAACAGCUUCAGAGUGAGAAUGAAUGUCUCAAAGAAAAGAAUGAGAAAGCCAGUAAGGUCAUAGACAAUCAACAAAAUCAGAUAGCUGGACUGAUUUUAGACAUGCAGUCUAUGCAAGAGAAGCUUUUGCAAGAAAAGCUGAUAGUUCAGAAGAUGACAAAUGAGCUUGAAGAAAAAGAAAGGAAUAUAGAGCAGUUAAAUAAAACUCUCUCUGAAAACCAAAGACUGAUGGAAGAGAAUGCCUGCCUGAAGGAGCAGAUGCGGCAGGUGGAGCAGUCCAGGCAGCCAGUGUCUGAGAAGAUGCCUAUAGCAGACCAGUUGUUCAAGGAAAUGUCCCAUUGCUUGUUUGACUUGAAAGCACUGUGCAGUAUUCUUACCCAGAGAGCUCAGGGCAAGGAGCCUAACCUUUCCUUACUGCUGGGAAUCAGAUCGCUGAGCUGUUCAGCUGAAGAGAAUGAAAAUUACCACAGCACAGAAACCCUUUCGAAGAAGCUCUUGGACGUUUGUCAGUUACGAAAGGAUAUUGAUGAAUUAAGGACUAUAAUGUCAGACCGUUAUGCUCAGGACAUGGGGGACAAUUGCAUUACUCAAUGACAACAUUUCAUCUAGUAGCAAAUGACUUAUUAAAUGCUGCUGUGUCACAGGUCUUUGCAUUUCUAUUAAGGAGCCAUAUUGGAAGACUGCGAAUAGCACCGCACGUGCAUCUCUCUGAGGAUUGUGCAUAUUUAGUCUCGGGAGUCUGAUGGGGAGGGCAGAGUCAUCAUUUGAACAGAGUGGUACAAACUACAAGAAACCUUUUCUCCAAACUACUGAAUGUAGGAACAAGCUGUGAAGAAUGAUUCAGUUGGAUACUCUGUUUCCUUCAUUGGGGCUCAUUUUAUUACUUCACCUAGUUUAUGGAAUCAGAGCAUCAGAACAGCCAUGCUGCUACUACUCUCAGUCCUUUCCUUCAUCAAGGGUUUGUAUGGCAUUAUCUGUGUUCUGAAAUUAAAGCAAAGGGUCAAAGGACCUAUAGCUGUAUGUGGUGAAGUCACAGGCUUCUGCAACUGUGCUUCACUCUAGGAAUUGCAAUUGGAACAAUCUUGGAGCACUACAAAAAGUAGUUGCUCUUCGAGUUGCCUAAAAAAUUUGAUAUAGGAAAGAUGUUAUUUUUAGUAAUGGAUGUCUAGCUUGUUUACCCAGUGGCAGAAGAAAACCAAGUUUUAACUCCUUUAUGCAAAUUAAGUCCAUAAAAUAUAGCGCUAUGAAAUUGUUUCAAGCACUCUCGCAUUGCUGUAAGAAGUUUCAAUAAUAUGAAGUCCGUGACAAACCCAGAGAAGCUGGAAGGCAUGAAACUGCAGCAUAGUACGUGGCUGU